AUGUCAAGUCACAGCGGGGAGCUGCGCAUCCUGAGCGUCUACGGACAAGGGGAGGGCCCACUGGCGGUGGACGGCCAUGACACCCUAUUUGCCGCGUCAGAACCAGAGGACUUGAGCUCGCUGUCCGCUGACCACAGCGUGGCCAAGAGCCUGAACUGCAGCGUGAGGCUGGUCCGCCUUGAGGAGCUGACUGGGCAUCAGGGCGGCCGCAAGGGCCGGCCCGGUGUCUUGUGUGGAAAGGUUAUUCCCAACGAUGCCAAUAUGAUCGUCCACAUGAGGACUCACUCCGGGGAGAAGCCCUACAAGUGUGACCAAUGCACAAAGUGCUACAGACGGCAAGGCGAACUGAAGAUCCACCUGAGGACUCACUCCGGGGAGAAGCCCUACAAGUGUGACCAAUGCAUGAAGAGCUUCAGUCACCUAUUUAAACUGAAGAACCACAUGAGUACUCACUCUGGCGAGAAGCCAUACAGGUGUGACCAAUGCACGAAGUGCUUCAGUCAGAAAGGCAACCUGAAGAACCACAUGAGGACUCACUCCGGGGAGAAGCCCUACAGGUGCGACCAUUGCCCGAAGCUCUUCAGUCAAGGCCGCACCCUGAAGUUACACAUGUCGACUCACACCGGCGAGAAGCCCUACAGGUGUGACCAAUGCACGAAGUGCUUCAGUCUGAAUAACAUCCUCAAGAACCACAUGACUACUCACUCCGGGGAGAAGCCCUUCAAGUGUGACCAAUGCACGAAGUGCUUCAGUCUGAAAUGCAACCUGAAGCGCCACAUGAGGACUCACUCCGGGGAGAAUGCCUACAGGUGCGACCAGUGCAUGAAGUGCUUCAGUCAGAAAGGCCAUCUGAAGAUCCACAUGAGGACUCACUCUGGGGAGAAGCCCUGCGUGUGUCUGCAGUGCAACGUUAGCUACAGCGACCCAAGCUGUUUGCGAGUGCACAUGCUCAAGCACACUUUGGCACGGGGUAACGGGACGCUUUGAUUGAGACCUCUGUUUGGUAUUGGUUUAAAUUACUGCUUUUAGUUUUUCUUUUCAUCACGAUUAAA